ACCUUAUUUAUGAUUAAUGUCUGAAAAUUUUGAUAGUUGAAGCGAAUCAACAACACUCGGGUUCGUGAAAAAAGAUUUGAUAGUCAAAAGGGUUUCGUUUCUAACGUCCUGCGUAAAUCUGACCUCUUUCGCAUUCAGCUAUCUUGUGGAAGGACUUGUUAAUGGCAGACGUACCUGGAUACCUGCGCACUUGUUUGGAUAUGGGGAAGAUAGCUUUCUUAGCAAUCCUAGUAUCGACAGGGAUCGUGUUACAGAUUCUGGCUUGUGCUCUGUUCAAUAAUUGGUGGCCAAUGCUAAGUGUUAUAAUGUAUGUGCUCCUCCCAAUGCCUUUACUCUUCUUUGGUGGAUCAGACAGUACAUCUCUAUUCAACGAGUCAGAUAAUAGCUGGAUCAAUGCAGCCAAGUUCUUGACUGGUGCAUCAGCAGUUGGAAGCGUCGCAAUACCAUCGAUUCUAAAACACGCUGGACUCAUCGGUUGGGGCGCAUUAGCCCUUGAUCUCUCAUCCUACGUUGUCUUCCUCGUCGCUAUCUUGGGUUACAUUUGCAUAGGAGAUGCCAGUGACAACUAUUACAGCUACAUUUAAAACACACACAAAUUCAUCAUCAUUUGUUUCAACCUCAAAGUCCCAGCCUUUAUCACGUCCCGGUUUGAUCGAUGCUUCGAAACGAAAACAUCUUCUUGCUAUGGAAUCACUCAGCUGAUUGGAUUUUCACAAGUUUAGAGUUUGUGUGUCAAAAGUGUAUGUAAGAUGAAUUUUUUUUGUGGUUUUGUUUCCUUUUGAUGUAUAGAACAGACUUAUUAUAUGGGAAUAUAUAAAAUUUUCUUUA